AUGCGGCAAAACUUCGCCGCGCUCACUGGUUCGGCGGCGUCGCUGCUCGGUCCAAGGAUGCCAGCGGUGCCAACAUGCUUAGUUUGCACUAAAUCCUCCGGCGGGGGUGUUCUGAUUGCCAUCCGAUCCGGUCUUUCAGUCACUCCAAUCGACGACGAAUCAUGGAACGACCAGGAAUUAGUGUGGAUUCGUAUCGAUCUGGGCACUCGAAAGCUCUUCGUUGGGGUUUUAUACCUACCCCCUGAUCGAGCCAAAAGCGCGGUCUUCGCAAAGUCGUUUUCCCGCGGCCUUUCCCGGUUGUGUUCCCUUACUGUUCCCGAAGACGACAUUCUUAUUAUUGGCGACUUCAACUUGCCCGGACUUAAAUGGUGUUUCUCCCAGUGCGGUUUUUUGUUUGCUGAUCCAGCGAGAUCUUCAUUUACUACGCCCUCUAGUUUGAUCCUCGACUCACUCAGCACAGCAACUCUCCGACAAAUUAACAGCGUCGAGAAUGAGAAUGGUCGCUUGCUCGAUCUCUGUUUUGUUAACGACAGAUCCCAAUUGGCUACGAUUGAACUGGCUCCUGCGCCUCUGGUUAAGCUUGUUCCUCACCACCCGGCACUGCUGCUUUCGCUUGAAAUCUCUGAAGUUGUGACUCCUAUCAAGAAGCCGGUAUCCUUUUUUCUCGAUUUCAAGAACGCCGGUUUUGUCGCUAUUUCACAAACGCUUGACGCCAUCGACUGGAAUUCUGAGCUCGAAUCUUCCGAUCCAAACGCUGCUGCUAUGAAGUUCUCCCAUAUCAUCAACUACAUCAUCGAUCGUCACGUACCAAAACGCUCAGCAGCCUCUGACCUACGUGCUCCCUGGGUCACGAAAGAGUUGCGACAAAUGAAAGCACUCAAGAACAAAGCCCUCCGCUACUACUUGAGGCACAAGUCUCUCCACGCCAAAAACCAGUAUCGCAAACUUAACGCUGCUUAUAAAAAAGUAAGCACGCGUUGUUACCAGGGCUAUCUUAUCUGGAUUCAGCGUGGUUUUAAAACUAGACCCAAAUCGUUUUGGCAGUACAUUAAGGACCAACGGAAAGAAUCGGGCUUACCGUCCUACAUGUUUUUGGAAGACAAGUCGGCGACUUCAGACCUUGAUAUUUGUAACCUCUUCGCUGACAAAUUCCGUAGUACUUUUGAUUCUGGUUCAAUAUCCACGGAGCAGUUGACUAUGGCGGCUAGUAACGUCCCACGUCAGAGCACUUCCUUUCAUCACAUCGUAAUCGAUGACGAUACCAUCCUGAAGGCGACUGCUAAGCUGAAAUCCAGUGUUUCUGCAGGUCCGGAUGGCAUUCCAGCGACUUUUCUAAAACGCUAUAUAUCACAUAUGCUGACUCCUAUAAAACGAAUCUUCCAAUCAUCGCUCACGGAAUCCACGUUCCCUUCCAUUUGGAAAGAGGCUUACAUGUUUCCGGUCUACAAAAAAGGUGACAGGAGGAACGUUAACAAUUAUCGCGACAGUUUUGCCAUGGGAUCUCAAACCGACGUAAUCUACACCGACCUGACCGCAGCUUUCGACAAGGUAAACCACAAAAUAGCCAUAGCCAAACUAGAUCGUAUCGGUAUCUGCGGCUCUUUACUGGAAUGGUUCCAUAGCUACCUGAAUCGACUGCCCUGCACUGCUAGAAGCACUCCAACUCAGCGUGCGAUCCCGUGGCUUGAGGAAUCGUAA